GACAGUUAUAUUUGCUUAAAAUGCCUCAAAUAGUACACACAAAAUGCAGACUAUCGUUCUAAUGGUUGGGGAAUCCUAAUGGUUUGUAAUUAAAGGUGAUGAUUUCUUGGAGAAACUUGGAAUGAAUUCACGCAGGGUUUCUGUCAAGUUCUUGCUCUGGCUGUUUGUUAUACAAGAAAAGGCAGGUGGAGUGUGUGUUACAAAGUAUCCGAGCAACUCAUUUCUUCACAAAUUCUGCAGCAUUCGCCGCUUCUUUUUUACCUCCACGAGUAUCACACAGCUGAGAUACUAUCUCUGGUUUACCAAACACAGCACCAGCUAGCCAAUGGGAGCGAUUCUUAUAGCAGAAAACCGCUAUACACUCAUAUCAUUCUAUUCCCGCCCUGAUUUGAGCAUAGAAAACGUACAACUGCAGCACUCAGGUCUCAUUGACUGACCAGAAAUCCAGCAAGCGACAUCUCAAUGGCGGAGGGUCCAUAAAGUGCAAAGCUACUGGCAUUUCGAGCCACGUUCUCAGUCAUGAAGGUUGCUCUCUUAUGUGGUCUGGUACUUGCCUGCUUGGUGUUUGUGGCGCAAGCCGUUCCAGCAAGUUUACGAUUCGAUAGUUCUAACAAAGCACUGCCUUACUCUCAGUACGAAGCUCCAUGGAACUUCACCACGGAGGGGACGUUCUCAUUUAUGUUUCGUACAAACACAUCAAAAGGAGCUCUACUUUACGGGGAAGUAAAGAAAGGAAACCACUACUUGUUUAUCACACUUGAUGGAGGCAUAGCGUUACAGUUUUAUUUGACAUUUUGUUUGAGCUAUGUUACACAACUUGAUAUACCUGGCAAUUUCUACGACAAUCAGUGGCACGAAGUCGCUGUUUUUCUCGGUUUAAAUGAAGUUACUCUGACGGUAGACAAAAUUCUGUCAGCGUCUACAGAGUGUAAACCAGACAUAAUUGAAAAAGAGAUCGCAAAGGAAAGAGGAAAGCGGUGGCAUCUGAUGUAUUUAGGAGGCAUACCUAUACCAAGCAAGGAAUGGAAAUUCCCUAGUCUUCAAUUCAACUAUUUCAGAUUUUAUGGUUGCAUCGGGAACUUGAUGUACCAGAAGGGCAUAGAGAAGGCCUUUCGAGCCAAACUCAAAGAGAAAGUCUUGGUAAAGCAUGGAUGCGAGAACGCGUGUAUAAGCCGUACCCAAUCCUCACGCUGCCGAAACGACGGCAAGUGCAUUGAUCACAUCAAGACGUUUGAAUGCGACUGUGAGGGGACUGGGUACGAAGGGAAGUACUGUGACCAGGAGUCGUCAAUGGUGUUCAUAAACGGGUCUACUUACAUCACGUACACCCCUAACCAAACCAAUCCUUACGCUGAUUGGUCCAUGAAAGUCAACCAGCUCUCAUUCCGAAUGGUGGCCAAGAACCCUAACGGGAUCGUACUGUACAUGGGCGACAGGGAAGCCGAUCAUUUUCUCAUCGAGCUCGUGAACGCUGCGAUACGAUUGAGUGUCAACCUUGGUGGAGGUAGCCUCAUCUUGCAAAGUAACGUGACGCUCAAUAUGUCCGCGUAUUACUGGGUCCAAGUGACUCGACGCCAGCGCAAGGUUAUAUUAGACAUCAACUAUGGCUGGGUCCAGAUGCAAGCAGAAACACCGGGCAGCUUGUCCUCUCUCGACCUCAAGGGCGACAGCAGAGUGGCUUACUUUGGGGGUGGCCCAGGAAAUAUCGUUUCACCACUCUCGCUCAGCAAAAGGAACUUUAGCGGUUUUCUGCAACAGUUCGUAUUUGAAGAAAUUAAUGUUCUCGACAAAAUUCUCAGACAAACAGACGACGAAAGGUUUAAAGCACAUGGCAGGGUCCCUGACGGCAGAUUGUACCGUGUACUUCUCCCCUGGAAGGAGACGACCGUCGGUUCAGGGUGUGAGCCUGGAGGCGGUGAUGACGAGGAUGAUGAUGGUUGUCGUAAAGACCGACCCACUGAGUGUUUGCUACCGGACUGCUCCCCCGAAGGUUCAUUUACGGAUAACGUCAUCUCAGACACCGAACGUCCCGCGACGCGACCCGUGAGGCGAUUAACAUACCCCACACCCUCUGAGGGCGUGGUCAUGUCGAGGCGGGAUGCCCCCCCUGAUCAUAGCGUGUCCCCCCUGAUCAUCGUUAUCAUCGUCAUUGCUGCCGUCAUAGCCGUGGGCAUUACGGUAUUCCUGCUAUACCGCUGGAACAAUAGGUAUAGUGGUUCGUUCAAGCCAAAUAAGGGAGAGCCUACAGACAGCGAGGCUGAAAUCCACCCAGCAAGAGGAUACGAACAGCCCGCCUUCUACGUCUCUCCGAAUAAGCCACCGAAAGGCGAAACAAUGGCGUGAAUUGGAGCAUAGAUGGGUCACAAAGAUGGGUUCUAAUGAGUUGAAGGACAGAUGAUUGCCGCUAACGUCAAGACGUCAGUAGAGACUUCAGGGCCGUAGUCUAGGGUUACAUCAGGACCGUAACUCGGGUUACUUCAGGGCCGUAACUAGAGUUACAUCAGGGCCGUAGCUAUGGUUACUUCAGGGCCGUAGCCUAGGGUUACAUCAGGGCCGUAACUAGGGUUACCUCAGGGCCGUAGCUAGGGUGACUUCAGGGCCGUAGCUAGGGUGAUUUUAGGGCCGUUGCUAGGGUUACUUCAGGACCGUUGCUAGGGUUACUUCAGGGCUGCAGCUAUGGUUACUUCAGGGACGUAGCUAAGGUUACUUCAGGGCCGUAGAUAGAUUUACCAGCGGGCCGUAGCUAAGGUGACUUCAGGGCCGUAGCUAGGGUGAUUUUACGACCAUAGCUAGGGGGAUUUUAGGGCCGUUGCUAGGGUUAAUUCAGGGCCGUUGCUGGGGUUACUUAAGGGCGGAGCUAGGGUUGGGCAAAGAGGACGCAAGCCCCUCCCACUCGAUCGAAAAAAACAGUAUUUUCUUACUGACUGACUUGCAUAUGCCCAUGUUUCGCGCCAUGUUACUUUGGGGCUUUUGGAGACUGGUGAUGACUUAUCAAACACUCUGGGAUAUGCCUGAUAUAACUAGAAAGACUACAGGCAAGCUGUAGAAAAACUAGAUGGUCUACCGGAAGGUCUUUUUCUGCAUAAUGGAAUAACUAGAAGGACUACAGGCAAGCUGUAGAAAAACUAGAUGGUCUGCGUAGGCAGGUGUAAAAAGGUAUAAAUCAACACAAGGUUGAAAAGGUAUGUUAAACGCCUCUGUUAAACAGAGUAGUUGCGCUGACGUUUCGAGCGUUAGCCCUUCGUUGGCUUUUAACAUACCUUUUCAACCUUGUGUUGAUUUCUACUCUGGGAUAUGCCACUGUCGUCAUACAGGUCGAAAUAAAGUAAAACCAUGCCUAAGAGCGUUAUAACCUAUACAUUGACACACGAACAAAAAUGAGUAAAUAGGCAUAAUUUGAAAUUGGUUUUAUAUUAUACUUGAAUCAGAGUUGUGAUAAAGCGAUAUAAUGGUCCGAUAUUUUACGACAAACAAGAAGCAGAAAAAAUCGUUUUGAGCGAAUCGUAUUGAUUCUUUGGUAGGAGGGGAGGCGUAUCUUCUGACAGGGCAGAUGUGAGAAUGUAAAAUCGCAGAACUAGAUAGUAUGAUUAUUUCAUUGUCCUUUUGGGAGAGUUCUAGCCUUUUUUUUGCUAACGCUACUUAAAGCGUUUUAUUUCUCUUGCAACAGGAUUCAUGGUCAAAUAAGAAGGGCUCGUUUCUUUAAACAUAGCAAAUUACUCUGCAAAAUGGAUUUGCUACCCCCAUUUCUUGAAAAAAAUUAAUGAUAAACAGUUGGAUCCAGGGUUAUUUCACGAAGGCGUGAGGGAACACAUAAGCAAAUAGCAGGAGGAAAAUAUCUGGAAUUAGCUCACUUAAAUUUCUUCUAAAUUUUAGUCCAAAAAGGAAAGGAGCACCACCAAACACAAACACCAUCAUCCCCCUCCCUCCAGAGUCUGCUACGCCCUUAUUUUGUAAAUAGAUGGAACACAGUGUUUUGCCCGUUUGGGUACGACAAUACUAUGUUUUAUUCCCUUAGAUACGCAUGAAUUCCAAAGAUCUUGGAUUACGACAAUUGUAACAAAUCCAACAAAUCAUUGUAUAAUUAAAAAAACUUUUACUGCUUCCAAUUGAUAAGUAGCACUAUAAGAGGUGUAACGAGACUAAUUCUAUCUAUAUAGCUUUUGAAAUACUUUUAUAAAUGAUAAUGUAAUGUAAAGAAUAAUUAUUUCUGGAAAUAAACAGAAUGUCUAAACUAA